GCCUUUGAAUUACAGGAGAUGACAGAUUUGCCAAGGGCUGCUGAAAGGUGCUUUUACUGAUGCUGCUGAGGCACUGUAGGAGGGCUGCAUGUGAAUACCUCACAAAGGGAAAAGUUUGCCAGACUUCCAAUUGAAUGAACUGUGAGGCCCUGAGCAGGGAAACUGAGUCGAGACACAGGGCUAUUAUCAGAAAACAAACUGCUGCUACCUGUUGGACCUCGUCUGGACUCUGAGAGGCUGCUGGGAAGGCAGGGCUGAAACAUUGUUGCAGGGAUGGCGGCAGGGAGCAUCACAACUCUGCCAACUGAAUCCGAGGAUGGGGGAAACACUCCUUUUUCACCAGGGAGUUUUAAAGACCCCAAGAGGCUCUACUGCAAGAACGGGGGCUUCUUCCUCAGGAUAAACUCAGACGGGAGAGUGGACGGGUCAAGGGACAAAAGUGACUCGCACAUAAAAUUACAGCUACAAGCUGUAGAGCGGGGAGUGGUAUCAAUAAAGGGAAUCACUGCAAAUCGCUACCUUGCCAUGAAGGAAGAUGGGAGAUUAACAUCGCUGAGGUGUAUAACAGAUGAAUGCUUCUUUUUUGAACGACUGGAAGCUAAUAACUACAACACUUACCGGUCUCGGAAAUACAGCAGCUGGUAUGUGGCACUAAAGCGAACCGGGCAGUACAAAAAUGGAUCGAGCACUGGACCGGGACAAAAAGCUAUUUUAUUUCUCCCAAUGUCCGCAAAGAGCUGAUCUGAAAUGACUGAUUUUUUUAGGUCAAGAGAAACCCUUUCUAAGACCAGAAAAUCCUUUUAUAUCUGUAAUAUUAAAUGUGAGGCUGAGGUACAGCAUUGUUUUAUUGUAUAUUUGUGCAGGCUCUUGAGCUAGUGUUUGAGAGUGAUGAAACUAAACUACAGUUGUCCACUCAGUAUUUAAUCUACACGUUAAUAUAUUGAAUAUUAUACAUGCAUUUCUAAAUUAAGUGUCUGGAAUUUUUACAUGAAAAUUCCUUAAAUACUAUAAAAGUAGAGUACCGUAGUAAAAGGAGAAUUAAAAUGUGAAGCUU